AUGAGUAAACUUGAUCAAACCAUUAUUGAUCAAGUUUUCCACAGUGGUGGCUUAUUGUUAUGCGUCGAUGGAAACAGUAACCUCGUGGUGUGGAACCCGUAUCUGGGAAAAACCAGAUGUAUUCCACCUGCGAGGCUGCGAGAAGUGAUAUCGGAUUACAUGACAUGUUUGGUUUCGGAUACGACAAAGAACAAUCAGAGAUUUUGUCAUCCUCUGCCGUUUCACUACACAGCUGAGUUUGAAAACGUGGCUCUAUCUUGUGUUGGAGAGGAGAAGCUGGCUGUGUUGUAUAAACAUGAAGGCACAAUUGAGAUUUGGAUUACGACUAACAUUGAGCACGAUGCCGUAUCCUGGAGCAACUUUUUGAAAGUGGAGAUGAUACCCCUCAACGGUUUUCCGGAUGACUUUAGUUAUGACACUGAAACUCUAACUGAGAGCUCUUUCAUUGACGAGGAGAAGAAAAUUGCUGUAGUAUGCAAUGUAUUCGAUCAUAAACCAACCAAGAGCCACCAGAAAUGUUACUCUCAAACCGCUCACAUCAUUGGACAAGAUGGAUACCUGAAAUCUGUGCCUAUAGGAGAAUCAAGAAACCAUGUACUUGAUGAACCACUUGUGUUCUCUUCCUAUGUUCCAAGUUUAGUGCAAUUAGGAAUCAACCAAGAGGAAACACAAAGAUCGCUUUUAUCAAAGGAAAAGAAAGAAAACAUAAGGGGGCAAGUUUAG